AGGAACUUCCCCCUCCUAAAUACACACACACAUACACACUAGCAAAAUAUCCUAGCUAGAAGACUGUUCUUUGUGUUUUGGGGGAUUCAUGUUUUUCCUGCUGUGAAGAGUAAGCUCUACCCCCCUAGUAGAUCAGAGCCCUGAAGGAGUAGAGGAAGAGGAGGAGAAGAGAAGGCAGACAGAGGGGAUAAGGCUUGUGAAAAUCCCUCUGUUCAGAAAGAUUUGGAGGGGGACAAAGCAGGGACUAAUACCUCCCACACUGGAAUAAGAGCAGGGACUCGUUUGGUUUGGUUGGUUUUUUGAAUGGUUUUCUGUCACUGAUGAACUGGACAGUUGUUGUUUACCGGAUUGCAAUUUAUGGGGCUGUUUUUCUCCUAAAUGCAAGUUGUGUUGAUUGGGAGGAAAGGAAGUGUGUGUUGUUUUGAUUGGGAGGAAAGGAAAUGUGUGUUGUUUUGCUCUGUGUCGAGAGAAGAUUUCACCAGUGGACAUUGACAUGAGGUAAGAGCCAUGUGACUAAACUGAUUUCUUCGUCUCUCUGACAGUCAUCACUUGGACGUCGAUGUCGAGAGAGGAGAAGGAGCACACACGAGGACUGCAGCACUCCCAAUCCCACAUCUCCCAAUCCUAACCCUCGGGAGCUAAUCCAGAUUUGGGAAUGUCGCGCAUGGAUUGCUGAGUGGACAAAACCACACAGCCAGAAUCUGUACACUCUUCUUCUCGGAAUUCUGAUCAUCUUCAUGGUUUUGUUUUUGGACGAUCCACCACGACCUCAAACCACCCCAGCGACUCGUUUUGUCUUCUUUUAGCCCCAGUUUAGAGAGUGAUUUUGGGCUUCCGGGCGUUGGGGUAACCUGGUAGUUUGGCCCUCACACAGGUCCAGCCUUCUCCUGACAGGGCCUGGAUUUACUGCUGCAGUCCUGGGAGUCAGGUUUCAUGCAACCAUUCCAAUGGUGUAACGGUGUGUAAACAAGAAGCUGUGAACCAUUUGCAUGUGGGGAUAUGUCCCCGGCUCCUCUGUUUUGAGAGGGGAAAACAAAGUAGUGUUUAUAGCACUUUCAUUAUAUGGAUGCCUGUGGUUUAGGUCUCCAGCACUUUGAGAAGUACUGUGGACAUAGCAAGAUGGAUACCACUUACCACCUGCCACUCAAUGUCUACGUGAUAGUGCUGGGCAUCGGCCUGUUCGUCUUCAUGCUCAGCCUCAUCUUCUGCUGCUACCUCUUCAGGUUGAAACAGCAAGGGACGAGGGAGCAGUUCAGCUACAACGAGGUGGUUCUUAAAGGGGCAGGCAAGAAGCUGAGCCUUCUAGGACAAACGUGUGCAGUAUGUUUGGAAGAGUUUCGGACCAGAGAUGAGCUAGCCGUGUGUCCGUGUUCACACGCAUUUCACAAGAAGUGCCUGCUGAAGUGGCUGGAAAUCCGUAGCGUGUGCCCCAUGUGUAAUAAACCCAUCCUCAGGCUCCACCCAGAGCCCACACAGGGAACUGAGGGGCCCCAGGACCCAGAGGAGGUGUGAAGGACCCACAGGGGCCACCACGACCGCCAUACGCACCUGUACACAUUUACACAGAAUUGAUGGUCAUUUUAUGGACAUCACACAGAGUCGAUUGUAUUCUUAAAGUGGCUUCCAUGGUGUUAGUCUUUGACUGAGCAUUAAUCAAUAUGGCUGGGGUUUGGGUACUGUAUAUGGAUGUUGAUUACACCCGUCCAGGCCUUUCAGAUCGUCAAGAAAGUCAGCGAUGACCGAGGGGGCAGGGCACAAGAGGGUGUUUCAGGAUCGGGACCUACUAGUUUAGCAAUGGAACCUAAAAACAACAUGAUAACUCUAACCUUGAGGGAUGUGGUGUUUGGAAUGUGGCCAUACUAGCAUGCCAAUGGGGCUUCCUGCAAGAAAUGAAGGAUAGGGUAGGGGGUCAGGUGCAGCAGGUCAGUUUGGGAUUGGGCCCUCCUAGCUUAGCAGUGGAGCUUCAUAAAGCUGCCGUCUAGCCUCCCCCUUUAGAUCAGUGAGAAUGAGUAAAGGCCAUACGGACACUCCUGACCCAAAUAUUCAUUUUGCAGGUCAGCAGCGUACUAAUAGUAUCUCCAGUGAGAAUAAGAGGAAAGUGACAUAGGAACGGGAGCCACUUUAGAAUACCGAGUUCUCCCCCAGUCAUUGGACGAUGCCUGGUACAACACUGCCAGAAACAGCCAAUCACAAACGACACGUCAGGCAUUCUGAGAAGGUCAUUGGUCGAGUAUCAGGAUUGAUGUAAAUGGAUACCUCUUAUACCUCAGGGGUGUUACAAUACAAGCCAGCACAAACAUGCCAUUCAAUACCAUGUGCCACACACAGAACAUGUCCAAUACUGCCAACUCCAACCUAGGUAACACGAUACUGAGGUCGUCGAAACAUUGGACACGUUCCAGGCCGACUACAUUGCAGUCGCGCUGCACACAGCAACAAAUGGUUCUGCGCCACGUCAUCGACUGAGCAUAUGCGGUUAGCUGACAUGUUAAACACUUAUCCAGGCGUGGAGAUCCGGCAAGAGACUGCAAAGUAGUUGGUCUGGAACGCGGCCAAAGGCUGGAAUCACAAAACCAGUCCAAUACCAACAUCACAGCAACUCUGAUGUACAGAACUAUAUAUCCAGGAGUGUCAGAAAUGGCACCCUAUUCCUUACACAGUGCACUUACCUUUGACCAGAAACCUAUGCAGGCCCUGGUCAAAAGUAGUGUACUAUAUAGGGAAUAGGGUGCCAUUUCUGACAUAAACCAGGUCCAUAACCUCAGACUGAUAGACAGCUAGUCUUGCCUGUAUGUAUGUACGUAACGUUGUGACCCCCCCAUCUUGUCAUUUUGUACCGUUUGUUGCUUUUAAAUAAAAUAUGUAUCAUCUC